AUGUCAACCCCGGAACCGAGGUCUUCAGGCGACGUGCCUUCGGGAACUGCCUCCUCGCAAGCGACCAUCACGCCGCAGCGCGUGCUUGCUUGUGUAUUAUGUCAAAAACGGAAAAUUAAAUGCGACCGCCAAUUUCCAUGCGCAAAUUGUGUCAAGAACAGCGCGCAAUGUGUCCAAGCCACAUUAAACCCGCGCCAAAGGCGUCGAAGAUUUCCCGAACGAGAGCUGUUGGACCGCCUUCGGCGGUAUGAAAGCCUUCUCCGUCAGAACAAUAUCAACUUCGAGCCUAUGCACACUUAUGCCGCGGAUCACACUUCCCGUAGCGAGGACGGCAGAGAUGCUGACUUCCCGGACGAUGCGCCGUCAGGAUCAAUUGUUGGGACAGACGGCCCGUCAGCCACGAAGAGUCGCGUUGAGUCUGGCAAAGUAUACGAGGCUAGAAACCUCUGGCAUGCCAUGCAUCAAAGGUCCGAGGAUCCUGAAGACAGACAUAUUGACGAUCACAGCGAUGUUGCACAUGGUGAUAUCGACGGUCCUUAUCCCCGCCGUCCUGUGCGUGAGGAUGUGCUUAAGGAAGCGUGGGCUCAUGCGUCGAAAAGCAAAGAUAAUUUUCUCUUUGGCUCACCCAAGGCAAACGUCGACCUGUCCGCCUUACACCCGCAACAGGCUCAGAUCUUCAGGCUUUGGCAGAUUUACCUGGACAACGUCGACCCUCUACUCAAAAUCACGCAUACCCCAACCCUCCAAACGCGCAUCAUUGACGCUGCCAGCGAUGUCACGAAUAUCAGCCCUACGUUGGAAGCGCUUAUGUUUGGGAUUUAUUGCACCUCUGUUCUGAGUCUCAUGGAAGAUGAAUGUCGCACAUUGUUUGCAUCACCCAAGGACGAUCUUCUACAGAGCUAUCAGUUUGGAUGCGAGCAAGCUCUAUUGAAGUGUGAGGUUUUACGGACCGACGAUCGUAACUGUCUAAUAGCGUUGUAUCUCUACCUGUUAUCGCUCAGACCCGGCACCGAUCCCCGUUCCGUUUCCUCGAUGUUAGGAGUUGCGAUGCGCAUCGCUCAGCGCUUAGGUAUCCACACCGAGACGAUGAAUGCCAGAUGUACUGCUCUCGAGGCUGAGAUGCGCCGAAGACUAUGGUGGUCGCUGGUUACUUUCGACCAUCGCAUUUGCGAGCUGGCCGAUGGCAAGACCACGAUGCUAGAUCCUACCUGGAACUGCAAAAUUCCUCAAAGUUUGAACGAUUUCGAUAUUCGGCCAGAGAUGAAAACUCUGCCACCAAGUCACGAACGGCCCACCGAGGCUCUUUUUGCCGUCAUGCGCGGCGAACUUGGAGAAUUCAUCCGCCACAGUACCUUUCAUCUGGACUUCACUAAUCCGUCUUUGAAGGCCAUUGCCAAGGGUACCCAUGACAAUCUGGAUCUUGAAAAUGACGAGCUGAAUGCCCUGGAAACGGCUAUGGAAUCCAAGUACCUCGGACUCUGCAAUCCAGAAAACCCGCUUCACUUCAUGACGAUCUGGACAACGCGAGGUUACUUUGCAAGAAACCGUCUUCUCGAGAACUAUUUGGAACAGUCACGGUCGUCAGGCCAGCAGACUGACAUGCAGCGAGAUGCUGCUGUUUCGUACGCCAUGACCAUGCUCGAGUGCGAUACGAUGAUUAUGACUUCACCUCUUUCCAGGGGCUAUGUCUGGUAUGUCCACAACUACUUCCCAUUCCCUGCGUACGUCUACAUCGUCCAAGACCUGAAAAGGCGGCCUGUUCAAGAACACACCGAAAAGGCUUGGGACACGAUGAACAACAACUACGACGCCCGCUUCAAGGAUGUUGUACAGGGAGACAACCCGCUUUUCAAGAUUUUCUCUGGAACUGUCCUCGAGGCCUGGGACGCACGCGAGGCCGCGUCAAGACAACUGAACAAGCCUUUGGACCAACCCCGGAUCGUGGCGGACAUCAAAAGCAAAUUGGCACAACUGGCAUCAAAUGCUCCAGCCGGUGAAACUGAACAGUCCAGCGGCGUUGCGAACACAAACAUUGAAGACCUUUCGUUGCCUAUACCGAUGGACUUUGCCGGCUAUGGCUCAAUAGGCGUGCCUGGUUUCGCAGAUUGGGCUCCGGGGGGCUAUCUUGGCUUGCCCGGACCGGCCACACCGAACUUCAACAUGGAUCAAUCAAGUUGGAACACGAUGCCGUGGAACCCGAUGUAUACUCCAGGCUGGUAA